AAGCGAAUCCUAAGGUGAAUGUAAAAAAUUGUAAACAAUCAAAAUGGAGGAUAACUAAAUUUCAAAGUCGUUUCAAAAAUGCAUGGAAUGCGUGUUAUGUGGUGUUUUGUACUGGGAUGUACACUGUUGAUAUCAUAUUCCAAGGCAGCAUUACAAGCCGUGUAUCUUCCAUCGACAUGCAGUUCCGCUCUAUCAUCUACAUUCACCACCAGCAUGCGGGUACAAUCUAGUACCGCUCUCACCUACAGCAACAAUGUUAAUUGCAACAUCACGAUCACAGCGCCAUCUGGUCAUCAAGUGCUUGCCGUACCCAGGAGAUUUGAAUUGGAAGAACAAAGAACCGGAGCAUGCGUGGACUACGUCAAUUUCUACGACGGUGCCUCCACUGGAUCUCCAAAGAUCAACCCCCAGCCCUACUGCGAUAGGUCUGGUCCCCAUAACGUCAGUUCCAGCUCCACGUCAAUGACCUUAGAAUUCGUCACCGACGAUAGCGCCCGCUACAGGGGCUUCGACAUCAUUUUUGCAGCCUUCACAAAUGCGCCAUGUGCCACUGAUUACUUCAGCUGUAGUAAUGGAUUGUGCAUUGACAAAUCUCUGCGAUGUGACAGUUUUAAUCAAUGUGGGGACGAAUCAGAUGAAACUGCUUGUACAGCGGAAGAACUUGGGAUCGUUGACGACAACUCUGCCCUCAUUUACGGUCUGGCAUUCGGUCUCGGUUCCCUUGUUGUGAUCGGAGUCAUCAUUGGAGUCUUAGUCUACAGGCACUACAAAUGGAAACGAUUUUUGAACGAACCCAUACCCAAGGAACAUUACACAAGUACAUUACGAAAUUAUCCUGUAACCAAGAAAUAUUACAAAAAAGGUUACCAAUCUUACGCCUACACAAACGUCGCUUCCGGGCCGCCUUCGCGCAUGUCUAACGAUUUUGAGACGGAUGAGGACCUUGACAUCGGAUCACGACCCACGACGCCUUCUUCUUCCGCUUCCAAGAAAAAUCACUUACAAGUUCCGGGGGCAAAAUCAGGGAAAAUAAAUAUGAAUGUAAAUGCAGGAGCUAGCAAUUGUUAAAUACAUUUAGAUUGAGUUAUAACCCUCUUCUCCUUUUCUAAUAUAAAAGAUAUAAUUGUUAGUGUCACGAUUAUACAGUUAUUUAGCAUGGUUACUCGUUGGAUCAUCAUAUUUUUAUUGAAAUUUGAGACAUAUUUUCAGUCACAAUCUAUAUAUUUAAGUAUGAAGAUUGCGAAAUGUUUAUUAAAUGUAUUCAUUCUGUAUAUUCGAGGUGAAUGUGUGGGUAUCAUUAGAUACUAGUAAUGCAUGGCUAUGUUCAGUUUUUAAUCUGUACGUAUGCUGACUAUUUAAGGUGCAAGAUGAUUAAAUUUUCAAUUAAAUUUUAACAUAGAUAAAGCAUGUACCAUGUAAUGAUAACAUUUUAUCACUGUACCAUGUAUUUCGCUGGCGAAAACAAUGAUGCAAUAAAAUUUUAUAUAAUGUA